AUGACAAGCCAUUCCCGUCUGAGCUACUCGUAUACCUGUCCGCCUAAACCGUUCAGCUAUACAACACUCCCGAGAGUGGUGGCAGAAAACGCCCAGAGUCAUCCAGAUCAAGAGAUAUUUAUCCUUCGGAGACCUGAUGGAUCCCGCACACAACUUACCAACACAGAACUAUACAACCAGGGAACUCAACUAGCCAGAUAUAUAGUAUCGACAGGGAUACAGAAAGGUGAUAGAAUCGCCCUUAUGGGUCCAAAUACAUUGGAGAUGGUUGUUGGUCAUGUCGGAAUAUUAAGCGCUGGUGCCGUUGUCUUGAACAUCAACAGUGAAAAGACAAAUGCUUCAGAUGUACAUGACAUUUUCGAAUCAGCUGACAUAAAAUUUGUCAUUGUUGACUCGGGAGAACAUGAUGAACUUUUACCGGCAACAAAAGCCUUGCUCCAGCAUUCCGAUAUCCUAAGCGAUUAUUCAAAAGAAGAAGGAAAGAUCGAAGUGUUAUUUCUUCGAGCUGUAGAUUUGGAGGGGUUUCACCAUACAGUGACUUUAAAGGACAUAUAUGCAAUGAACCUGAAUGGAAUACAUUUACCAAACACGUUUCCAGAAGACUCGGCGGUAAUUUUUACCACAUCUGGCAGCACAGGUAAAUCAAAGAUGGUUGUCCAUACACAUUACAGUCUUGCUUGUUGUCCCUUUUCAUGGAUCCCUGAUGUGGAUUAUGAAAGUAUUGACUACAAUGACAGACCAUUUAGUUGGGUCGGGGGUACACCUGUUUUCCAUAUUCUAAUGCGCAGAUCAAGGGUUUUCAUAGAUGCUUUUCUAACAAUAAAUGGCAAAAACACAGAUUUUCUCUGGAGAGUCAUCAAAGAAGAAAGAUGCACAGAUGCUCUGUUGUUUCCUUACGUGAUCCGCGACCUCCUUGACCUUCCACAACGUAGUACUGAAGAUGGUUAUAGAUUAAAUCAUGUUGUCACUGGAGGACAAAUGAUUGACAGUCUAUGUACAAAGAUAAUGGAAAGUUUUUCUCGCCAUUUGGUCGUUGUGUACGGAUGCACAGAACUUCUUGGUUUAAAUAUGUAUGGCCCUUUAGUCAAGGGAGAAACUUUGAUGCCGGGAGAGGUUGGUCGGCCCUACCCUGGUGUUGAGGUACGAAUUGUUGAUGAGGAGGAAAACCCUAUAGGUUUAGAUGCAAUUGGCAAGGUACAAGCGCGCGGACCUUGUAUCUUGAAGGAAUACUUUGGAAGUAAACAGCUCACAGCCAAUGCCUUCGCGCCUGGGUCAUGGUUCCGAACAGGAGACAUAGGCAAAAUAAGCUGUAAUGGGAGUCUCGUGAUCACGGGAAGAGAAAAAGAUGUAAUUUCAAGAGGAGGACGAAAGAUAUAUCCUGUUAUGUUGGAAGAUUUAAUCAAACAGAUGUCAUGCAUCAAGUACGUAUGUGCCGUACCAGUCCCUGACAGGAGGUUGAUAGAAGAAGUCUGCGUCUGCUUUGUGAGUUCCGAUAGGACAGAACUUAAAGAGAAGGACGUUAAAAUGUUCUGCGAGAAAACCCUCUUUGCACGAAGCACACUGGACGGUUUGGGUGUUUUGCCUGCGUUUUACGUGAAGUUUGAGGAGUUUCCUUCGUUGUCAAAUGGGAAACCCGAUAAAAGGGCCAUACGAAACGAAGCUAUCAGGCGUUUACAUUUAUCAGUUGAAUAAUGGACCAACACGCGUCCUUUUCAAAGUUAUUGCUAGACAUCAUUUGAUGUUUGGGUAUGUCCUGCUGUCUGAUAUAGGUUUGUGUUAAAUGAUAGAAAUAUCUUACUAUUGAUCCGGGGUGUCUAUUAUAGCACUUCAUUGUCGCUAGGUAAUCUUACUUUUUGCAUUAUCAACAGCUUUGAAAAUAUCCAUGGUGUCCAUGAUAACUAGUUACUAGAUUCCAAUUGAAUAAUCCAUCAUUCGUCAAUUUUCACAAAGGUACUUGUAAGCUGAACAUUUAACAGUAAAAACAAAUCACAAAUAAAACUGCUUAGUCAAUGUCCUUGAUCGAAGUCAUUUGAAUGAAACGACGGAGAAACAUCUAACAUAGGCCUGAACCCUGAGUGUGAAUUCUCUGUCCGUGGUACAGUGGUAACUAGAUCUCUGUUACUCGACAUGUAUAUUGUUUUGCCGAUAGAAAAAAACAAAUAAUCACUAUUUAAUCAGUCCACGUACUUUUAUUGCGAAUUUUUAUCCCAAACAAAAGAAUAUAUAAUUCUAUUUUGAACACUUGUCUCGUGUCAGAAAACUGUUAAAGCUCAGUAUUAGGAUUAUUUGUUG